AUGAGAAUCAUUCUCAGAGAAUGGAAUUCUGUUGCUAUUUGGCGAUGGAAUCUUCCUGAGGAUGAUGUCUGCGGUAUCUGUCGCGUCCAGUAUGAUAGCACUUGUCCCCGUUGCAAAAUACCUGGCGAUGGAUGUCCAAUUCGACAAGGCCAGUGUAAGCACGCAUUUCAUUGGCAUUGUCUCGAGGCUUGGUUCAAGGAAGAGAGCGCUAAGGAAUUAUGCCCAAUGUGUCGUCAAAAGUUUGUUGCAAACAUCUGA